UCUCUGUUGUGUUUCUCCAAAGCGCACAUGUUUCCUUAGCUUCUUCUCGUUCUGCGGAAAAGAGAGGCAUGUUCUGGAGCGGCUGCUGCAUAUGCACAUGUGUAUUGCGUAAACGUGUAUGGCAUGACUAGCUGCUCGAAUCAGCGAGCUCAGAUUACCAUUAAGUGGACUUCUUAUAAACAAUCUAAGACACGCAUGCAGCCGUAUACUUAAACAGACACUGGAGGUUCUGUGAAGAGAGAUACGUACAUAUAAGACUACCUGUUCAUCACCAUUCUUCUGAAGCACAAGAAAUAUGAAAGAAAGUUAUUGCGGCUAUGAGAACCAACUCUUUAAAGAGGAGGACCUGACUGGAGAAGAGGAGGAGAUGCCUCCCUUCAGAGGAAGAACCCGGGGAGGUUGUGUGAAAUGCCAGCAGACUCGUUCUCUCCAGCUGGCGGUCAGAGUUCUCUACGGCUUUUUCGUCUGCAUAGUCAUUGCUUUAGCAGUCCUGGCUUUUCUAGUUUUUAGGAAGGUGGACAGCUUAACUGGAGAGGAAUCUCUUGAUCAUAAAAUGACGAUCAAGAAUGAGGGAAGUACUCAAGAUCUCAGCACCACAAACUGUACAGAUUGCUACAACCCAGUAAACCUCCGGGAAGAAAUCAAUAGCCUCAAGAAGGAAUUUGAGGACCUUCAAAGGAUGUAUGUAAAUCAAGAGCAGUUACUGGAGCAGGCUACUCAAACCCAAAACACUCUAACACAGUCCAAGAACAGAAUGAUGAGAGAUAUACAGGCUUAUGGGAUUACUAUUAAACGAAUAAACCAAUCUCUUGAGCAGUACUUAAAUCAGGUAAAUGGAUGGCAGGUUGUAAUCAAUGAGACCGAUCAGGGCAUGAAGACUUUGGUCCAAGACCAGUAUGAUUUGACGGCCACUGUGCAACAAGUCAAUAGUACUGUUACGCUUAGUGCCUUGUGGAUAGAUGCUCUUCAGAGGAAGGCAGAGGAAGAAGCAUUGGUGUUGCAAAAAAUAACCAAGGAUUGGCAGAACUACAGCAGAACACUAAGUGGACUCAAGUCCAAUUCCAGCACCAAUGUCCAAAUGAUGCGAACAAUUCAGAGUGGCAUCUCUGCCACCCAUCAGAGAAUCAGCAUGAGCUCAGAUAUGGUGCACGAGCUCACGUUGCAGGUCAUGAACCUCCAGAUCCAGCUGGACAACGUGUCUUCUUACAUUGAUGAGCAUGAGGAGAACAUGCAUGACCAUCAGUAUCAUGCCAAGUACUAUGAAAAUAGGACUAGGGAAAGGUUUGUGACACUGGACACAAGAAUGAGUUCCAUUGAACUAGAGAUUGAAACCAUUGCUUCCAGCAUUAAUGCAACAGUCAGCCAUGUUCAGAGCAUGUACAAAUACAUCAACAUGGAGAGCUCAUCUUGCCAGUCAAAGCUGGGCAGCCACACAGAGGACUUGCAGAAUUUGAACAAUACCAUUUUGCUUCUGCUAAACCUUGCUGAUUCCUUGAGAUCACAAUAUAUGGUGCUUAAUGUACGUCUUGAUGUGGAUAUGAGGAACAUCUCUAUGUUAAUGGAGGAAAUGAAGCUGGUGGACACCAGGCAUUCUCAACUGAUCCAGAACUUCACCAUUGUGAAAGGUUCUCCUGGUCCACCGGGUCCAAAAGGGAAUAGGGGUGAAACAGGGACAACAGGUCCUACAGGAUCAAAAGGGAUUAAGGGAGACAGGGGCCGUCCAGGUGUUCUUGGUCCUGCAGGUCCUAAGGGUUUUAUAGGGCCUAAAGGAGAUCAAGGGGAGCCUGGACCUUCUGGAAUCAAAGGAAGCCAAGGACUUAAAGGAGCCAAAGGGUCUUUAGGACAACCAGGACCUCGAGGUGAAAAGGGGCAGAAAGGUGACAUGGGAGCUGCAGGCAAAGAUGGGUUGGAAGGGGUAAAAGGACCAAUUGGAAUCCAGGGUCCAGCAGGACUUCCUGGUUUACAUGGGAUUCCUGGGCCUAGAGGAAAGCCUGGUCCUGUUGGUCCACCUGGGCCACGUGGAUAUCCUGGACCACCAGGGAAUGCCACAGUGGGAUGAGAAAUGUUAAGAUCACUUCAUUAUUAAACUUGUGGCUUGAUAUAAACCUCCUUGUUGGAAUUAUCUGGCGGUUACAAAGUAUGGAUAUAUAAACUUUGAAGUAUCUAGAAUUUCCUGAAAAUUACACCUUACAGACCUGACCUUCAAUAUGCAUCCCUGGGCAGAUGCUAGUUAAUUUUUACUGAUAGGGAAGACUAUGAAGGACUUACUACGGCACAUUGUUAAAAAAAUGUGCCUAACAUUUUGGACUUUGACUUUUUUUAAAUGGUAAAUAUUUCGAGAAUGUCUCUAAAUGAUGGAACGGUAUGUCUGAUAUUUGUGAGGUCUUUUAUUUCUUUUUGCAUUAAGAAUCCCCUCACCUAUAAUGAAGACAAACGUUAAGGCACUUUAUGUUAAUAGUAUUUGUAGUAUCAAGCCAUUAUAUUAGAAUUAGUUCUAUUUUUGUAUAUAUACCAUGGUGUAUUCGGAGCAGGUACUCUGAACAAGAAACGUGAAAUUUUUUUUUAUUAUUACUACUCUUUAAACAAAUAUUCCAAACAGAUGUACAAUAACAGAAAAAGAAACGCAUGCUACAGCAUUAAUAUUGUAUUUUAAUGUACAGAUUGUAGAUUUUACAUGCAAUUUUUUUUCCCUUUGAUGCAACCCUUAGUUAACAUAGUUUCUGCUUUUGCACCACAUUUUAUAUUGUGUUGUAAGAAUGACAUUUUGACAGGAGUGUUUUUACACUGUGAUAAAAAAGCAUCAACUGUGCAUAUAUAAAUUAAAAAUUCAAUAUAUGUUUUA